UUUUACUUGAAGUACUCUGUGGUUAAAACUCUGAAGAAAAUCAAUAAUAUAUGUAUUUAUUUUUAUAUAAAAUAUUUAAAAAUUGUUAAAUUUUUUUAGUGAAUGUGUCGAUAAAAAAGGGGUUAGCAUUUUCUAUUAGUCAUUAAAUUCAAGUUUUUACUUAAGAAUAGUUAUGGAGUGCCAAGAAAGUUUCAUAUCAAGAUUUGAAAUAAAAGGUGAGCAUGUUUAUAUAAAGAUUCUUUGGAAACACAACGAAGAUGAUCUGUUUCAUAUUCAGGUAUUGGAAAAUACAUCAAGUUGGUAUGGAAACUAUUCUUUAGAAAGUGCUAAACUGUAUGCAGAACUUGUUGAGGAAACUUUAGAAAUAUAUGAGAAUAAUGUGAGACAAUGUUUGAAAAAUCGUAGUAGUGAUUAUUUAUUUGAUUUUGUAUCAAGUGAUGAACCAAAUUUUUGUUGGAAAAAAAGAUAUGAGGGUUCAACUGCAGUUUUAGAACAUGGUAAGGUUAAUUUAAUUAGAGAUACAUUACCAGAACCCAAAAACAGACUCAUAGAUUUUCUCUUGGAUAAAAAUAAGGAAUUAUCGCAAAUCAUUAAAAAAUCUAAAGAAACUAGUGACAACUUGUCUUCAGAAUUGGAAAAAUGUAAAAAAGAAUUAGAGGCAUUUGCUGACACAAAAAUCUCUCUAGAGUCUACCCUGUAUAGUAAAUUUCUUUUGUUAUUAAAUGCGAAGAAAAAAAGAAUUCAGUUGCUUGAAGAACUCCUUAAGGAAAAUUAAAAAUUAAUAAUAUAAUGUAUAUAUAUAUUUUUACUCAAAAAUAAUGUUAUAUUUUAAUGCAAUUGUUAUAAAAUAAUAUUAAAAACAUUUA